AUGUCGACCACGACACGAUUUUUUGCUGAUUAUGCAAAACGAGUUGCGAAAUGUCAAAAAUGCAAAAUGCAAUUGGAAAAAGGGGUUGGUUUUUGAAAAAGAUUCAUUAUUCUUUUCCUAAAUAAUUAAUUAUUACAGUCACUUCGAGUUGGGAAAAUUGUUCCAAACUUUUUCCUGAAAUCAACUGAUGAAUCAAAACCUCCACCAGAUAUGAAACAAUAUCAUCAUAAAAAUUGCUUAUUCGAGAUGUUAUUCAAGGCUCGACCAACUACAAAAGUAAUCGAUAGUUCGGAUGAAAUUGAAGGAUUUGAUGAUUUGACAGAUGAAGAUAAAGCAGAAAUUGAAAAAUUGAUUGGAGAACUUUCGGAAAAACGGAAGAAAGAUGGGCCAGCUGAUGGAGCAACAAAAACACCAAAAAAGACAGCAGUUCAAAAACGAAAAGCUGAAGAAACUCCAGAAGAAAAAACAAAGAAAAGUGAAGAAAUCAAUGAAAAUUCCAAAUAUAACUCUUUCUAUAAAUUCACAAAAGUUUGCGAAGUUUUGAAAAACUGUGAAGAUGACGAAGACAAAAUAGCAAAUAUUGAAGGAAUGAUCAAGAAAAGUGAGUGAAUUUUUUUUGUUUAAAAAUUUUUCAAAAAAUCAACCUAUUUAUUUGCAGAAGACUUUGAUGGAGAUUUGCUUUUGAUUUUCCAAUUGCUUUUGAGAUCUUCUGAUAAAACCAAAUAUCAUGUGAAAGAAAAAGAUAUUAUCAAAUAUUUUGCCGAUUUUCUCAAUUUGGAAGAAUCGAAAAUUCGGGAAAAAGAUGAAGAUGUUAGUGUGACAAUCAAAAAGACCAUUGAAAAAGUUGCGAAAACUGAGAAAAGUGAUUGGAGUAUUCAAAAAGUUGGGAGAUUUUUGGAAAAAUUGAAUACGUUGGAAAAUGAUGAACAGCGAGUUUCGCAUUUCAAAUUCGCCGCAAAACGGUAUUUUUUUUCGAAAAAAUCGAGAAAAUAAUAAAUUGUCAAUUUUUUCAGCCUUGGUCCAAUUGAAGUUCAAUAUCUUAUUCGCAUAAUUUUGAAAGAUUUGAGAAUUGAAACUGAAGAUGAUGUUAUUUUGAAAGGAUUACAUUCGAAUGCUCCAAAAACAUAUCAAGAGACUAAUGACUUGGAGCAACUUAUCAAUAGGUAAACUACGAUUUCAAAUUUAUUAAAUAAAAUUUAAAUAAUUGAAGCUAUAAAUCUGGUGGACUCGAUAAAAAGAAAGCCGAAAAGAAGCCGACUCAAUCAUCCAAAAAACCACCAGCAAAGAAAUCACGAAAAGUUUCAGAAUCUGAAAAUGAUGAAAGGUAAAUAUUUAUUCCAAUUCCAAUUCAUUCUCCUCAAUUUGUUGAUCUACCGUAGUUUUUCAUUAUCCGCUUUACUGUUUUAUAAUAAUUGAAUUAAUAAAGAAAUGAAUAAAUAUGUUUUCGAAUUCGUUUUCAGCGACGAAAUGUCCGAAUCAGAAGAAGAAAUCAGUGAUAUUGAUUCUGAAGAUGAAAAUAGCGAUGACGAAAAUGGUGGCUCGAAUUCAGAUUCAUCCGAAUCUGAUGUCAGCAGUAUUUCAUCGAUGUCAGAAGAUGAAGAUGGAAAUCUAAAAGAAAACGAAAAACCGAAAAUGGUUCAAAAAGGAACUCGAAGUCGACCAGCAAAUGGAAUCAAAAAAGUUGAAGAAAAGUGUCCCGAUGAUAUGGAACCUUGCAGGUAAAUAUUUUCAAUAUCAAUGCAUAGAUAUCAUCAAAAUAUUAUUUCAGAUAUGGAAGCAAAUGCUAUCGCCAAAACGCGGAUCACAAAAAAUCAUUUUGGCAUCCAACUACUCACUAA